UGGAAAACGACCAUGAACCCGUACGUAGAGGCACCCGAAACGCAGUUCGACCCGGAGACGUACAUCCACACGUCGACUGGCAACAAGAUCAGCCGCAAGUGCACGCUCUGCGGCGCCCACAACAUCCACUUGCGCGGCAAGACGAUUAUUGACUCGGGAGCAAUUGUACGCGCUGACUUGGCCAAAGUGUCGCUCGGGAAGCAGUGCAUCAUCCGGGAGAAAUGCGUCGUCAAGCCCCCAACGCGAGUCGUGUCGACUGGACUGGCCUUCAUCCCUGUGAAGAUGGGAGACUACGUGUACAUUGGGGAGGACACGGUGGUGGAGGCUGCGAUGAUCGGGUCCUACGUGCAGAUCGGCAAGAACUGCGUCAUUGGUAAGCGCGCUAUCAUUCGAGACUGCUGCCGGAUCGAAGACAAUACGGUCGUCCCGGCAGACGCAGUCAUUCCGCCGUUCUCCAGAAUCGGAGGCAUCCCUGGAAAACUUAUCGAGGACAUGCCGGAGGCUACGCAGGAGUUGUGCAUUGGACAAGUCAGCCGAUACUUUGACAACUUUACACCUCGUGAAGGCUAAGGGCGAGUGCUUGCUACGAACCGGGUUCCUCGACUUGAGUACACGACAGUAAACGGCAGGCAUCUUUUCAUGCCAUCGAGACAGCACAGCUAGAUAUUUUCUCAACCAUUGAACCAUUCAUU